CACGCUGUCCUUUCCUGCCGCAGGAGUGAAGUAGUGACGGCGGUGGGGGAACAGACGGCGCGAGACUCUCCCUCGAGACCACCGCGUGAGGGUUGGAGGAUCACAUGACCGGGUCCCGAAGGCGCCAAGUCGGCCGAUCACGUGGCGAGCAGGAGGAGGAAGCCAUUUUGUGACCACCACCACCCCCCCCCCAACAACAAAGGCCAAGUACCCCGUAAAGAACCCCCUGCCCCCAAGGGAGAAUGCCCCGAAUAGACAACGACAUUAAGCUGGACUUCAAGGACGUCCUGCUCCGGCCCAAGCGGAGCACGCUGAAAAGCCGGAGCGAGGUGGACUUGAAGAGGAGCUUCUUGUUCCGUAACUCCAAGCAGUCGUACAGCGGCAUCCCCAUCAUAGCGGCCAACAUGGACACGGUCGGAACGUUCGAGAUGGCGAAAACCCUGGCCAAGUUCUCGCUGUUCACUGCCAUUCACAAACAUUACACCCUGGAGGAGUGGAAGGAGUUUGCUGUCAGUAACCCCGACUGUCUGCAGAAUGUGGCAGCCAGUUCCGGCACUGGGCCCAACGAUUUUGAGAGGCUGACGUCAGUGCUGGAGUUGCUGCCCGGGAUCCACUAUAUCUGCCUGGACGUGGCCAACGGAUACUCCGAACACUUUGUGGAGUUUGUGAAGGAUGUUAGGAAGAAGUUCCCAAAUCACACCAUCAUGGCAGGAAAUGUGGUGACCGGUGAGAUGGUGGAGGAACUCAUCUUGGCUGGAGCUGACAUCAUCAAAGUCGGCAUUGGACCAGGCUCGGUGUGUACCACCAGGAAGAAGACGGGCGUGGGCUACCCGCAGCUCAGUGCGGUGAUCGAGUGCGCCGACGCUGCCCAUGGACUCAAUGGCCACAUCAUCUCAGAUGGAGGCUGCACCUGUCCAGGAGACGUGGCCAAAGCCUUCGGGGCCGGGGCCGACUUUGUGAUGCUGGGCGGCAUGUUUGCGGGUCACAGCCAGUGCGGAGGAGACACGAUUGAGAAGAACGGCAAGCAGUACAAGCUCUUCUACGGCAUGAGCUCAGAGACGGCCAUGAAGAAACACACCGGUGGCGUGGCCGAGUACCGGGCGUCAGAGGGGAAGACGGUGGAGGUGGAGUACAAAGGUGACGUGGAACACACAAUCCGGGACAUCCUGGGUGGGGUGCGCUCCACCUGUACCUACGUGGGAGCUGCCAAACUGAAGGAGCUCAGCCGGAGGACCACCUUCAUCCGGGUCACUCAGCAGCUCAAUGCCAUCUUCAACUAGUCUGCAGGCAGCUGCUGCUUCCCUGAACAUUCCCACAAUCCCAUCACUCACUGAGGAACAGUGCCCUGUCCCUGGGAGUGUGUGGAAGGACCCUCACCUCUGGCUUUUACUCAAGACUUCCCUUCUAGUACAAUGUAUUCUGUCUGGGACCACUGGCUUGCAGUUGGGACCAUCUGCUCCUCGUGCCUGACCAGGUCAUUGCUUCAGCCACCAUGGUUCAAUUACUCUGUGUAAUUGGAGAAAGUGAUGGGGCGAGACCCUGGCACUGCAUCUGCAGAAACUGAGUGGCUGUGGCCUCUUCACUGCCACUCCACCUGGGCUGCUGCGUUCUGUAAAACCACGUUCAGUUCUGAUAAUAAAAAGGCAUGGUUCUUUACAGAAAA